GCAAAUAUCUGAGGACCCAUUCCCCAAGAGGAUCUGGUUUUAGGGUUCCAGCUUUAUCAAUCCGGAUUAAAGGGAGCCUGUGAUCCUUCUAAAUCCAGGGAUAAAAUCACAGACCUCACCUCCUCUGGGGUUUGGAUUCUCUGGAGCUGCAGGGACCUUUAUUCUGGAUUUAACUCAAAUUUGGAUUAUUUUAUUGCUCUCUGUGAUUGAAACACAAUGAAGAAACCCUUGGGAUUAUUAAGGGGUUCGGGAUUUGGGGUACCUGGCAGUGCAAUGAUCUCGAGGCACCUUGUGUUACUCUUGGUCACCCUGAGUUGUAUGUCUCAGGCUGUGGUGAGAGCCGGUUCGUGGUGGUCCCUGGCCAUGAAUCCGGUGCAGAUCCCCGAAGUGUACAUUAUUGGGGCGCAGCCCCUGUGCAGCCAGCUGUCCGGCCUCUCCCAGGGGCAGAAGAAGCUGUGCCAGCUGUACCAGGACCACAUGCAGUACAUAGGGGAAGGGGCCAAAACGGGCAUCAAGGAGUGCCAGUACCAGUUCAGGCACCGGAGGUGGAACUGCAGCACCGUGGACAACACGUCGGUAUUUGGCAGAGUCAUGCAGAUAGGAAGCAGGGAGACUGCCUUCACAUAUGCCAUCAGUGCUGCAGGAGUAGUGAAUGCAGUGAGCCGAGCCUGUCGCGAGGGGGAGCUCUCCACCUGUGGCUGCAGCAGGGCAGCUAGACCCAAGGAUUUGCCCCGGGACUGGCUUUGGGGUGGCUGUGGAGAUAAUUUAGAUUAUGGCUACAGGUUUGCAAAAGAGUUUGUGGAUGCCAGAGAAAGAGAGAAGAUCUACCAGAAGGGUUCCUAUGAGAGUGCAAGGACAAUGAUGAAUCUCCACAACAAUGAAGCAGGAAGGAGGGCCGUAAGUAACUUGGCGGAUGUUGCCUGCAAGUGCCAUGGCGUAUCUGGAUCUUGCAGCUUGAAGACCUGUUGGCUUCAGUUGGCCGACUUCCGCAAAGUCGGCGACCUCUUAAAGGAGAAAUACGACAGCGCCGCUGCCAUGAAGCUGAAUACGCGGGGGAAGCUCGUUCAGGUGAACAGCAAGUUCAACCUGCCCACCACGUACGAUCUGGUUUACAUCGACCCAAGCCCGGACUAUUGUGUUCGUAACGAGAGUACGGGGUCUUUGGGGACCCAGGGCAGGCUGUGCAAUAAAACAUCGGAGGGAAUGGAUGGAUGUGAGCUCAUGUGCUGCGGCAGAGGGUACGACCAGUUCAAAACGGUUCAGACUGAGAGGUGCCAUUGCAAGUUUCAUUGGUGCUGUUACGUCAAAUGCAAGAAAUGCACAGAGAUCGUCGAUCAGUUUGUUUGUAAGUAAAGACUCCAGAUUAAGGACCAUAUGAAAUUUCCACUUCUAUUUAAAGAGAUCACUUGGGAGGUGCAGUCAGAAGACAACUGGAUCCAUUUCUCCUUGUAUUCCACAACUUUUCUGAAACAAAAAAACCAAAAAACAA